GGUUUUAUUUACCGAUUUAGUUUUAUAAGCUAGUGCUAAAGUGAGAGAGUUGCAACGAUAAUAUUUAUCUCUUCAGUAGUUCUUGUAUUUAUCGAAAAAUUAUUAAAUUGAACGGCAAACCGGUGAAGUUAUAUUGAAUUGAAAGUAGCUUGUGCUACUCUGUUGUCAUGAGUAUUAAAACAGAUGACGGGAUAAACAGUGGAGAUUCUAAGAUCACUGGUGGUCGUGCAGAAAGUCUAGGGCAUGUGGGACUGCAUACUGAGGAGAGUGAGAUGCGCAGUGUAUACGACAGAUGGGCGGAGUCAUUUGAAAAGGACAUCGAGGAAGAUGUUAAAUAUGUCGGACACUUAUCGCUGGCAAAGGUGGUGCAAGAUUAUUACUACAGUGAAGUCGAUUGUCUAAUUAGCCAGGCCACUGAUGAUUUCAAUGAGGUACAUAUUUCCAGUGUUAAAACGAAGCCGACCGAUGGCGUGGAUGUCUUGGACAUUGGAGCAGGAACUGGAUUGGUAGCAACAGCUCUUGUCCCCUUCCAAUUCAGACGAAUCGACGCUUUGGACUUGAGCCGGGAGAUGUUGGCUCAGGCCAAAUCUCUGGGACUUUAUUCUCGUUGCAUACAGGCCAGUCUUAAUGAACCACUGCCCUUGGACGAAUGCAGCUACGACCUCGUAGUAUGUGCUGGUACCUUCACCCUCGGUCACGUAACAGCACACUGCAUCCCUAAUGUGCUCAAGGUGAUGCGACCAGGUGCUCUCUUCGUUUUCGGGGUUCGAGAAGACCUUAUGGAAACAGAUGAGCUAAAGAACUUCUACGGUUUUCCGCACUUUCUAAAUCAAUUGGAAAAAGAGACUCAGCUGAAAGUAGAGGAGAGACGAGACAAUAUGCCUUAUCAUCUGCUGGCUGGAAAGAGUUUCAAUAAGCCCCUGCACCAUACUAUAUUUGUCUGCAGACGCAUCUGAUUUUCAAAAAAAAACACAAAAAAAGUUUCAAUCUUGCUAUGAUUUUGAUUCAAACGUAUCUUGAUUAUUUUUUUAUAAUUACUGCAACGCUACGGGCUAAGUGAUUUGAUAAAAAUAACAAUUUUGAGAAA